AAUAUAUCUUGAACAAAGUUUGAGUCAAUUGUUAACUGGAAGAAUAUUUCUCCUAAUUCCUCUAAACUCCGGCGACGAUCUUCCGGCCUGCAAAUGGAGGGCACAGUGAAAUGCUCAGCAAACUACGUGCCAUUGAGUCCAAUAAGCUUCUUAGAAAGAUCAGCAAAGGUGUAUAGGGAUAAGUUGUCUAUUGUUCACGGAAAUGUCAAAUAUACUUGGAGAGAAACCCGUGAAAGGUGUCUCCGACUUGCUUCUGCUCUUACCCACCUAGGAAUUUCUCGCCGCGAUGUUGUUGCUGCCUUGGCUCCAAAUAUUCCUGCAAUGUAUGAGCUACACUUUGGAGUACCGAUGGCGGGGGCAGUUCUUUGUGCACUUAAUACACGUCAUGAUUCAGCAAUGGUCUCCGUGUUACUUAGACAUUCAGAGGCCAAAAUCAUACUUGUAGAUCACCAGUUGCUCGGUGUUGCUAAGGGUGCAUUAGAAAUUCUAUCAAAGGCAAGCGCCAAGUUGCCCCAUCUAAUCUUGAUCUCUGAUAGAGAGAGUCAGUUACCCUGCCAGAAUAAUAAUAGGAGCUUGGCGUCAGAAGAUAUGGAGUAUGAGUCCUUUUUAGCUAGUGGAGAACCUGAUUUUGAGAUUGUAUGGCCAAAUGAUGAAUGGGAUGCUAUUGCUCUCAAUUAUACCUCAGGGACAACAUCGAGACCAAAGGGGGUCAUUUAUAGUCACAGAGGGGCAUAUCUUAAUUCUCUUGCUGCAGCUCUUCUCGCUGAAAUGACUUCAAUGCCUGUCUAUUUAUGGACUCUUCCCAUGUUCCACUGCAAUGGAUGGUGUCUUACUUGGACUGUGGCAGCACAGGGUGGUACAAAUAUUUGCCUGAGAAAUGUAACCGGAGAAGGGAUUUUUGACAGCAUAGUUCGGCACCAAGUGACUCACAUGGCUGGUGCACCUACGGUUUUGAACAUGAUAAUAAAUGCGCCACGAAGUGUCCAAAGACCACUCCCAAGGACAGUUAACGUUAUGACAGGUGGUGCACCACCUCCUCCUCAAGUUCUACUUAAGAUGAAAGAGCUCAGUUUUAAUGUUACUCACGGAUAUGGUCUUACGGAAACCUAUGGUCCAGCAACUGUUUGCAUUUGGAAAUCAGAGUGGAACUCUCUUUCACCUGAUGAGCAGGCUAAUAUUCAGGCUCGUCAAGGAGUGAACCAUCUUGGUUUGGAGGAUGUAGACGUAAAGGAUUCUAAAUCAAUGAAGAGUGUACCCUCAGAUGCAAAAACAAUGGGUGAGGUAAUGAUUAGAGGAAAUACAGUAAUGAAUGGUUACUUAAAAGAUCUCAAAGCCACAGAAGAUGCUUUUAGAGGGGGCUGGUUUCGUAGCGGGGACUUAGCAGUGAAGCAUCCUGAUGGUUACAUAGAAUUAAAGGAUCGUUCAAAGGAUAUCAUUAUCUCCGGUGGAGAAAACAUUAGUACAAUUGAAGUGGAGUCUGUAAUCUUUAGCCAUCCAUCUGUUCUUGAAGCUGCUGUAGUGGGAAGACCAGAUGAUCACUGGGGUGAGACACCCUGUGCAUUUGUUAAACUGAAGAAUGGAUGCAGUGCAAGUGCUGAUGAGAUCAUCAAGCAUUGUCGUGAUCGUUUGCCGCAUUACAUGGCUCCUAGGACAGUAAUUUUUGAUGAUUUGCCAACAACUUCAACAGGAAAAACUCAAAAGUUUGUUCUGAGACAGAGAGUCAAAGCCAUGGGAAGUGUUUCUAAAGCUAGCAAACUAUAAUGAAUUAUGGUGUUGAAUGGGGCUUACUUAGUGAAACAAACUUUUAUUGUUCUAGACAUAAGUUUGAUCAUAUUGCAUAAAUAAGAUUGGUUCAACCACACCAAUAGAGGAACUUGACCUUUUGAAAAAGGUUUAUUUUUAUAUACUGUAUUGGAUUAACGAUUAUAAUCGUUAGACAACAGAUUAAUAAUAAUAAUAAUAACAAUAAAA